AUGGCUAUUCAUUGCAGCACGUUGUUGGAACCAAUUGAUUACAAAAUUCGAACCGUGUUGUACCUGUUCUGCUCUAGAAACUAGCUUUUAAUGCCUUAUAUUAAUGUUCAUUUGGCUGACGUGGAUUCGAUUCCACGCACCCCAAGUUUAUCUUAGGAAAAUCAGUAAACUGCUUUAUAUUCUGCUACUUUAAGAACCUAGUGUACCAACCAUUUUGAAUGUAGGCUGGUUAAUGUUCCACCAUGUUCCUAAGUAAAAUGUUAUGGACAAUAUAAUCGGAACAGAAGAAUAUGAUAACUCAUUCAGCUAGAGCACUUGGUUUAGACUUCUUAUCUGAUGAGUUGUUCCUCUAUAUUGCCAUAUGCCAAAUUGUUCUCUAUUCUAUUCUGACGUUUUAUUUUUUUAUUUCUGUCUAUCAUCUCUUUUCUCUCCAUUUAUUAUCCAAAGCUUCCCUUAUUGCUCAUCUUUGAAGUAUGCUCAAUAGGGCACUCUGCAUAACUUUCUAUGGUAUGAUGUCAAGUAGGGCUGCCGAUGGGAAAACUUUACCGCUUAUUUAAUGCUCCAUUGGAUCUUGCCAACCCAAAAUUUUAAUGGAUUGAGGCUUGUUUUGAUGAUUUUUAUGGAUGCCCUUGCUCUAGUGUUUUAUCAUUUUAAGCUUCAUUUCGGCAGUUUGAGUUUGAUUAAUUCUAUAAGUUAUACAAAAAUGUCCCAAAGUUUUUUUUGCUUUUUUUUAAAUUAGAAAACAAUCCUCUUAGUGUAGCUUGAGGCUCAUACAACCACAAAUUUCUUCCCAAAAUGAUUUUUUAAAUGAAGCUUGUUUUACUUAGGGAUACUUCAUCUUCUCUGUGAAAAAGAUGAAUUUGUUAUAAAUUUACAUAAUGGAUUCAGUUUUCAAUUUUCUUCAUUUUUCUGCUCGAGGAUUGGGAUUUAAAGAAAUUCUGACAAGUGUGGAUUUAUCGUUCCCAUGCAGAAUUCAAUUCUUUCAAAUAUGAUACAAGAAAUAGAACCUUUGGAUGUAAGCCUCAUACAGAAGGAUGUUCCGGUGGAGACAGUAGAUGCUAUGAAGAGGACAAUUUCAAGCAUGCUCGGUCUACUCCCGUCUGACCAAUUUCAUGUCCUUGUUGAAGCUUUCUGGGAGCCUCUCUCAAAGUUGCUGGUUUCAUCCAUGAUGACUGGGUAUGGUUCCAACGUGUUGGCAUCUUAUACACGGGCGCUAUAAGUUAAAUUUCGAUGCAGAUGACGGCAUCACGUUGGUUAGAUUUUUCUUGUUAGAAUAUUUCAGAAAAUGGGUAAUCAAGUAUCCUGAAUAGACAUUACCAUCUUAAUGUGUUUUGAUAAGUCGAAAAUGACUAUUUUGGUGAUAGAGAAUUGAUAUAUUUGGUGGACUGGGGAUCUAAGAUGGUCUAGGAACUUAAAAUCGUUUUUUAUGACAGAAUUGGUUACUUGAUAGAAGCAUUCCACCAACUCAAGUGAUGCUUUUUAUCUAUUAAAUUUAUCGUUGAUUUUUAUGGCUCUUUUGUUGAUACAAUAUCAUGAGACUUGUAAAAGUGUAUUUAUGAAGGAUUACUGUCUAAUAAUAUUCGUUGCGUGGUGUUUUUAGGGAAAAUUAUAGAGUAUACCUUAUUUCCUUCUAUUUAUUAUGUGGCUGUCAAUUUCUUCCUCUCUCAACAGUGUUUCCACUCGAUGCAACUGUUACUACAUUCAAUUCAAAUUUUUUUCAAAUUGUGUGGAUCGAAGCAUGCAAACACUAAACUUUGUAAGUCCUCACGUCCAUAUAUUUCAUGAACUGACGAAGAAUGUAAAUGUGCUGGGUAAGCCUGGAUGCCAACCUAGACUGUAUGCAAGCUGGAUUUAGGCUUGCGUUCGGUCCAACCUGGGAGUCGAAAAAGGAAAAAGUGAGCAGAAUUGUUCUCACCUUACAAUGGAGCAGUCGUCAACAUACAUUCCAACUCUAUCAUGUCAUAAGGUUUUCACCGAAAUCAUUAAAAAAUGGUGCAUGUGGUAAUCAAGGGGUCCAAGCGUCUUUUCCACGAAGUACAUGUUGAGUUGUUUGCAAUUUUUUUGAAAUAAGUAUUGAAAACAACGUGCAGCAACCAUUCAGUCAAUCAAUCAAUCAAUCCCUAGCAGAGUUGGCUAGUCUCCAACUCCAUCGAUCCGAAAGACUCUGCAACGAAAAAGGUCCUUUUUCAAUAAAGGUGUUGUGUGGCCAAGAGGUUAGUGACACAAAUGAUUUAUGAUACCAAAAUUCUUAGGAGGAUUUCCAGCUGGGUGAAAUGGGAUCAGAUGAAUGAAAGGAGAAUAGGGUCCACCAUGGCAAGACAAAGGGAGGCAAGUAAGGGAAGAGGAUGGGUGAGUAGGUCACCAGGCGGAGAGAGGGUAGGUCAUCCUAGGAUGGAGAGAACCUAUGAAAUCCUUAAAUGAUAUAGACUGAGGAAAAUUCUCUGGUAAGGGGUCGGAUGGGUACUGCAUAUUCUUAAGUUUUAUAAAUCAUUUUUCUGGCCCGUGUAUUAUUUGAAGGUGGUUAAAAAUCGGUUAAUUUUUGUGUUCUAUUGGACAUUAUCGUCAGUUAUUAUAAUCCGUCAUUUAUACGUGAGAAGUUUAAGCUGUGGUAUCCCCUCCCUGCAGGUAUACUUUGCGAAAUGCCGAGUAUAGGCUCUGUCUUGAAAGGAACCUAGGCAUACACGAGGAGUUUUCUGAGAAACAAGAAUCAGAAAAGGCAGACUAUGAUGGCAAUGGAACAUCUCUUGAUAGAACUACUGCAAUGUUCAAGCUCCAGAGAGAUGAUUUGUUAACCAAGUCAAGGGAGAUGGUAGAGGAACCGCAGUUUAAUGAGCUGGACAUUCAAGGUCUAGGAGAAAUAACUCCUAAAAUCCAGCAAUAUAUUCUUCAUCUUCAAUCACGCUUAUCAUCUGUAAAGAAGGUACGAAGUGGGGUCUAAUGUGCCUCUGCGAUAUAUGUUGCUUUCUUUCUAUGAGGAUUCUUCUGAGACUUAUUUUACACAGUUUCUUCUUUUUCGUAGCAAAAAAGAUGGGUGAAACAUCUUGUCUGUUGACGAAAAUGUUUUCUUCAACGAGAAACUACUACCGAACGAAGAAUAUUUCUUUUUAAGAGACUUAGAUCAAUUCGGAUGUGCUUGAUAGCAAAUAGAAUUCUAUGUUGUUUCAGAUUCUUGAUUAAUCCUUAUUCUAUCUCCCAGGAGACAAUUAAUGUCAAUCCCGAACUAGUCAUCUGUGGCCAUACGGUAGCCACAUGAGAUAAGAAUUCCAUUUAUGGUUCAGGAAUAGUGACGGGAACUUGUGCCUCUUGCAUUUCAUGAAACUUGUGGAGUCACGGAUAUCUCUGUAAAAUGUACUUUCCUUGAAAACGAGAUAAAACCUUAACCUUGAAUUGCUAAGGAAAUCAUGGAUUUUUUAAGAAAUUGGGAAUGCCGAGGAUACAUUUUGAAUAAAUACACUCAUUGUAUUAAAUUUUUGGAAAUCAUUUUUCCCACUAGAGUAUGUCAUAAUCUUGUUUGAUUUUACCAACUUGUACAAGGCUUCUUACUAUUUUUAUCAGGAAAUAAAACUGAAAGUUUGCCGAAAAUUCUAUUAUUUUGUAGCUUAUUACUAAAUUUAGUGGUACUGUCUGCAUAAUUGGCCUGGAGCUUCAGAAACUUUUAUGAAGAUCAAAUUAGAACUGACAUGAGGCUGGAACACGUUGAGAAGCCGUCUUCAAUCUUAUGCGGGACUGAAUAUGAGCCUAUUUCUCACGCUUUGGAAAUCUAAGAUUACCAAAAGACGGUGGAAAUGGAGAUUAAAGUUUGAUGAAGCUUGGACAUGUAGCGUUGAAACUCAAAGCAGAUGGUUUUUCAAACCAAAAGACUGUUGAAAAUGGUAGUGACCACAGAAUUUUAAAUUCAAGGAUAUCUUGGACGCAAAUAGCAUGAUUAGUAUCGUUAGCCCUGGAUCAAUGUACAUUAGUUCUGGGCCUUUGAGUAAUCGGCCAGUUUCUGCCACUGGAGAAUGUUCGAUCUACUCUUAAUCUGAGUCCUUUUUUUUUUACGGAACGAUUUCUAUGAUGAAUUACUUUGUACAUGCUGCAUUAUUUGACACGCUUAAAAGAAUGUGCUCAUUAUUCUUGUAUUGUUCUGCUACGCCCAGAAGUGCUCAUUGUUCCUCCAUUAUUUGACAGGAACUGCAUGAUAUCAAAAGGGAAAGUGCUGCCUUGCAAAUGCAACAUUUUGUUGGAGAAGAAAAGAAUGAUUUAUUAGAUUAUCUCAGAUCACUGCAACCAGAAAAGGUUUGGGCUUCUUCAUUUUUAUUCCUUCAGAAUCCCCCCUCCCCCUUCCCGAAAUGAAAAUUAUUUUCUUUUAUUGUAGGAAAUACUCACUCGUAGCUAACUUUUGAUAAUAUAAGAUGCCCGAUAUAAUUGUCAUCUGUGAAUCCACAAUUCUUGGAAACAUCAGUGCAGACUGAAUGUACCAUACAGGUGAUUGAGAUGAAUGUGGACUAGGUAUUAUUGAGAAAAUCAAGAUGCAGGUACUCUUGGUACCGGAUAUCAUUUUUUGCAUGAUAAACACACGCUACGUAAUGCACGUGCAAUUAUUGAAUUAUUGAGAAUCGCUUGUGACAUCAUCUUCUACGGUCUCUCUAAAGUUUGCCUCCUGCCUAUGCUUGACCCAAUUGCUGUAGGUGUUUUGCAUGCCAGUGACGACGUAGUCAUUCUCACCUUGUUGUGAAUUGAAAUUUCUUAAAUAUUUCGAAGAAAAUCAUCACAUCGGGAAUGAUCUUGAAGUGAACUACAUUCUAUUUAUAACUACAAACACCAAGGUCAAUCGUGAGCAUAUAAACUGGAGCCUGAAUAUAGUAAUUGAAAUCGACCGAAGUAUUCUAUCUCUCUCCUCUCCCCUCCCCCUCUUUGUUUCUCAUAAUAAUCGAUAAGCUUGGGCUCUGAAGAAAUGCGUUACUCAUUCAAUCUGUUAGAUCAAUUUGGAUGAGUUUCUGUGGUAGAGGCCCGUGCAUAACCUACGGCAUCAGUCAUAGAAAUCCAUGGCCGUACUAUACAUACUCUUCCCUGUGACCGUACGACUCCCAUCAGUCAUGGAAAUUCCUUUUGCAGGUUGCAGAACUCUCAGAGCCCACCUGCCCGGAGCUGCAAGAAACCAUCCACUCCAUUGUUCACGGCCUCCUCGCCACCCUCUCUCCAAAGAUGCAGACCAAGGCUCCUCCCAUGUCCGAAAAUGCCGCCACCGGUGCCAUGAACGUGGGCUCUGACGACUGUGCUGAAUUGGUCGAGAACACCUCCCUCAACUUUCAGCCCCUCAUCUCGGUCUCCCGGGAUUAUCUGGCUCGUCUCCUGUUCUGGUUGGGCUUCCUCUCACCUUUGACUUGAAUUCGAUCGUCUCAAGCUCGUCUAGCGGUUUCUUGAUUCGGUGGGUUCUCUCCUAUCAGGUGCAUGCUGCUGGGUCAUUACAUCAGAGGACUCGAGUACAGGCUCGAGUUGAUGCAGCUCCUGACCAUCCCCUGCGGCGAGGAGUCCGGCGAGUAG